AUGAACGGCGCAACACCGGCGCGCAGAGGGCCUGGCGGCUUUCCUGCAACGCCUGCAGCACCUGCAACACCACAGCCCGCGCUGUCGACGCGCUCACCCGGCGCCCGCAGCCCCCAUGGCACCACACCCUCGCGCCCCAACGUGCGCGCGCCUAUUCAAGACGUCCCACGCGCAACGCCGCCGAGCGCGGGGCCCGUCAUCCCCUCGGACGUGCUCGAUGCCGCCCAGCAGCGCUUCUACCUCUUCGCCCUGUACGUGGGCCUGUGGGCGUAUCGCUCCUACGACUUCUACACGCUCGCCGUCGAGGAGGACGAGUCGCUGUGGCUGUGCCUCAAGUGGUGCUUCUUCGACAUGAUCUUCAUGUUUGGCGUCCCGCUGCUGGAGAUUCCCUGGCUCGAGUGGAGCAACGGCGCCGCCUUCCUGCUCUUCGUCCUGCACGCCGCCCUCGACGUCAUGCUCAUGUUCCGCAUCGGCAUCCCCGUUCAGGCCUGGGCCGUUGGCCUCGUCGGCUUCCUGUGGGACAGCGAGCUGGCCAUCAGCGAGCGCAGCGUCAAGCCCGGCGCCAUCCUGCACAACGCCUCGCUGAUCCUGGGCAAGCAGAUUGUCAACAUCCUGCCCGAGGGCUCCGCCAUCCUGAACCCCAACAAGGAGCCCUUCUGCCUCAAUGCCUCCCUCACCCACCUGGACAUUCCCAUCAUGAUCAACCAGACCGAGCCCAUUGAAAUGGAGCUUCUGCGCAUCGACUUCGACACCAACGCCAAUGAGACCAUCACCAUCAAGAAGAGCGAGCUGGGCAAGAUGCUGAAGAAGGCACGCAAGUCGGCCAGAUCUGCCGAUCCCGACGAGCCCUUGACACUGCGCUACACCGUCAAAAAGCCCGGCGUGUACCUGCUCAAGAAGGUCCUGGACCACUCCAAGCUCCAGGUCAGACCGCGCUCCGCCAGUCUGAUCGUAGCAACUUGCCCGCAGGCCCGAGUCAAGCCUACCGGCGACAAUCGCUGCCGCAACGACCUGUCCAACGUUGCGCUGGAAGUCGAGGGCACCCCCCCGCUCAACAUCAAAUACCGCCUAUCCGUGAACGGCAAGCCUAGAGGUGGAUCCGAAUUCCACAACUUGCAGCCCGACGAUGUCAUUUCUCCUCUGUCACGACACACUUCACAAGCACUGGUCAAGCAUGGACGCGAGGAUGUUUCGUGGGCCCGCGCGCAGAAGGUCACUGUCCCUCUGAAUGAGACGCUAUCCACCAGCGGUCGAUGGGAGUACGAGGUGGAAGAGGUACAGGAUGGUCUAGGCAACACGGUCAACUUUCUGAACGUCGAUGAUGAAGAACGGCCAAAGGCCAAGCUUGCUGGAAUCCAUCAAUCUUUCGAGGUUCGAGAACGACCCAAGGCCUACCUAAAGGGCUGUGACCCGCAAAGGCCACUCAGAGUGGCCAAGGGCGAGGUCACUCGUCUCCCAGUGCACUAUGGCUCGACUGGCAAGCAGCCCAUCGAGGGUGCGCACGCUAUUGAGUACCUGUUCACACCAGAGACCGACAUCGUCACAGACGGGUACCACAGCCCAGAUGCUGCAUUGAAAAAGCAGACCAUGCGAACCAUUCGAGAGCAACCUUUGAUCUCCGACGCCGGUCUCUACACCAUUAAAUCUGUGUCUACUGACUUCUGUGAAGGCGAGGUGCUCGAGCCGACCUCGUGUUUACUCCAAAAUCCUCCACAACCAGGCCUCUCCUUGACUAGCGAGGAUAUAGUAGACAGAUGCGCAGGCAACCCCAUUGGUUUGCGUGUUGGUCUUGACCUCAUUGGAAGCCCGCCGUUUGUGAUCAAGUACACCGAACACAACAGCCGCCGGAAGAUUCCAAGAGAACUGCAGGUUGCUACGCUCCGAAGCACGGUUGACUUCACUCCUCAGGACGCAGGCCACUACAAGUACACUUUCGAGAGCAUCCGUGACUCUGUCUACAAAGAUACACCCCUAAGGAACCUUGAGUUGCAACAGAAUGUCAGACCGUCUGCUAAGGCAUCGUUUGUGGACAACCGACGACCCAAGCAAGUCUGCAUUGACGAUUCGGUCGACUUUGACGUGAAACUGUCGGGAGAGGCCCCCUGGAAGCUGGAGUAUGAGCUUGUACACAACGGCAAACGCAUCAAGCGUACCGUAGCGACGGAGGAAGAAUACUACACCAUCAAGACCGAUAAGCUGCGAAGCGGCGGCGAGUACAUUGUAACCCUGGCGAGUAUCAGCGACAAGAUGGGAUGCAAGGAGUUCCUCAAAGAGGAAGCCCGAGUGCAUGUACGCCAUGAGCGUCCCAAAGCUUACUUCGGGCACAUCGAAGGCAAACAAGCCAUCAUGGCACUCGAGGGCAGGGCCAUCGGUCUGCCUCUUCGCUUCACCGGAAACGCACCCUGGAGGCUGGAAUACGAAAAUUUGGACACCAAGGAAGUCAAGAAAGAGACCUUUCAGAAUGCAAACGCAUUCCUCGAUGUCAAAACAGACGGCACAUAUCAGCUGCUCUCUGUCAAGGACGCCGUUUGCCCUGGUUUGAUCGAAGAGAAGGCCGACCAGUUCUUGGUCCAGUGGGUCGCGAGACCCAGGCUCAACAUUCCAGAGUCUGCCGCUAUCGUCUUCGAAGGUGGCAAGUACACAAAGGAGCCGGUCUGCGAAGGUGACGAAGACGCCCUCGAAGUGUCGCUUCAAGGAAACGCUCCGUUUGACAUUUCGUAUCAGACCGAACAGAAAGACCAGAAGGGCAAGUCGGUGUCUGUCAGGAACAAGGACUUGCACGUUGCAGGGGCAAGUGCCUCCAUCCGAGCGGAGACGUCACAGGCCGGCACAUACGAGUACACGUUCCAGAAGCUGGCCGACUCCAGAUACGACCACUCCAAGAGGCACUUUUCCCCUGUCACUGUCAAGCAGACUGUGCACCCGCGUCCAAGCGCUCGCUUCGACAAGCCAGGAAAGACGUACAGCUACUGCUCUAGGGAAUCCGAGGGCGAGGAGGUCAUUCCCAUGACACUCGAGGGUGUUGCGCCUUUCUACCUGGAAGUGGAGAUUAAGCACCAUGGGACACCCAAGCCAGAGAUCAGCAUGCACAAGAACAUUCCCACCAACAAGUAUGAUUUGAAGAUUGAGCACCGCAAGCUACAUCUAGGACACUCGUCCAUCUCGAUCCGCAAGGUCCGCGACUCCCGUGGCUGCACGCUUAAGCCCGCUGCCGGCGGCCCUCGUGUGCAGAUAAGCGUGCACGACGCCCCCACGGCGACGGCUCUGGAGGACCGCACCAACUUCUGUGUUGGCGAGCGACUCUCGUUUGCGCUGGGUGGGCAGGUGCCCUUCACGGUCUACUACACGUUCGAAGGGCAAGAGCGCAAGGCUUCCAACGCAGGCACUACGUUCCGGCGUCUCGCGGAGCUUCCUGGUAUAUUUACCAUUACCGGACUACGGGAUUCGGCAUCCGAGUGCCUGGCGUCGCUUGACCUUACCAAGAAGAUUCACCCGAUCCCGUCGGUGCGCUUGUCGGGUGGUCGUGUGGAUGAGGUUGACAUCCAUGAAGGCGGAGGCACCGACCUGGAUUUCCAAUUCUGGGGCACGCCCCCCUUCGAGUUCACGUACACGCGGAGCACCAACGCCGCGCGGGGCAAGAAGAGCAAGGUGCUGGAGAUUCGCACCGAAGUCAGCCACGAGAUGAGCAUGCGCAUCCCUGUGCAGGAAGAGGGUACGUACGAGGUGGUAAGCAUCAAGGAUGCGUGGUGUAGUUUUGCCCGCAAUGACGUUGAGGGGUUGGACAAGGGCAAGGGCGGGGCUCAGAAGUUGCUACAGUUCUAG